AUGGGUUGUAUUUUAAACGUUCAUCCAAAGAAAUAUGGUCAAGGAUCUAGGCAAUGCCGUGUAUGUUCGAAUAAGCAUGCCAUAAUCAGAAAAUAUAACAUAAACAUAUGCAGACAAUGCUUUAGAGAAAGAGCUGACAUAAUUGGUUUUAAGAAGUAUAGAUAA